AUGGUCAUGGCGUUCCAGGACGUUACCGAGGUCACCACCACCGACCCGUCGAAGGUGGUGUGUCCCCUCCCCAUCGUGCCCCGCCCGGUAUCGUUCCUAGACUCCGACUAUUCGGCGUUCUCCGACUCCGACAGCGAUGGGUUUGCCGACGUGUGUGACAACGUCAGAUACACCCUAGGGCAGCUCGGCAUCGAGUCGUCUCGGGCUGACUUGUUGGCAAGCCCCCCGGCGCCCGAGGCGGCACCGUUAGGGCUGCACACCCCGGACACCACGAGAAACUCAGCCACCGAGGAUGAGAAAAAGGCGGCUAAUCUUGACGCCCAAUUGCAAAGCAUCGUCAAGCUGGAAGUGGCGUGGAGCAAAAUCUUCUCCAGCGCCGGUACCAACAUGCCGGUGGACGUGGAUGCGCUGUUGAUCCCGUUACUGCCUCAAGACCACCUGCCGCCGGAGCGGUUCCCUCGUCUGGUGGUUGACGUUGACCGCAUCCUCAAUUACCAAAAGCUUUAUGAGGAUGUCCACCUUGAAUCCACCAGCUCUUAUACCAUCAAUGGCCAACCAUGGGGGCGUCAAGCCCACCAGCAUGACCUGGAGAGCUUCAUGUGGGCCCUGGAAUGUGACGGGAUCACCUGGGUCCACCCACAAGACCGGUUCGUCGUGGUGCCAGCCACCACGCAAAAGCAUAUCGACAUUGCCAUUGCCAACCAGUGCUGGACACUGGGGCUGUCGACCAACAAUUUGUUGAAUUACAUUUACCAGCAAAGCGCCGCCAACGGCGCCCGCACCUGGAUGUUCGUGUCGAACCCUACCGACGCCACCAUCCAGGGCAUUGGCGAGAUGGUCUCACCCAUUGACCCUCGUGCAUGCAUGGCCGAGUUCGGCUCGGCCCUCGUGGGCAGUGGUCGGGUCAAGUGGCACCUGACGGCGACGGUGGGGGGCCUGUGGCUCGACGGCCUCACCACGCAGCAAGGCACCAGUCUCACCAUGAGUGGGCCCCCUGCCGAGCUUGACUGGCUCACUGCUCGCGAAGUCAUCGACUUGUUCCUGCCGGAGUAA